UCAAACGGAUCCUUUCCUAAUUUCCCCCUGUGCACUGAGGACCAGGCUGCUUUUGUAAUCUGUAGCAUUUUAUUGGUCUUGUUUUGGGAUCGCGACCUACUGGACUAUUUGAGUUCUAACGCCCAAAUCAUUUAGUAAAAGCACGUGGAAAUGUGUUUUCCUCGGACGGAAGAAGAAGUGCAUCACCAGAGUCGCGUUAUUUUAGUAGAUUGAUAAUAGGCUGAAUACUAGAGAGCGCGACAACUCAGCUCAGUCAUCGUAAUUCCUGGUUUCCAGUGCAUCGGAAGGGAAUUUGGUGGCUCUGGCAAAGCUGGCAUCGUCUCAUCGGGAUGAUAAAGCGCAAAGCUGAUGGGUUUGGUGUGUGUCGGUGCAGCGGCUGCGGAAUGAGCGCUGACCCGCCCGGCUCCGACGUGUGGGAGGGAGUUCCCCUGCUUUUCUGUCAUUGGUUAAUAUUUUAUUCUGUUGACAUGUUUUCUUACUGCUAAUGCUUCCGACACCUUCUUGUCCACCCCCUCUCUUCUUGGGCCUGGCCGGAGCUGUCAGAACCACGCCUAUGGAGGCUCACAAUUGGUCCGAAAAGCGUAAAAUCAGCAAUCAAGGGGGCUUGGUUCAUUAGUACUGGGACGGAGCAGGAAGGACGUGUGAGAGUUACAGUUGCGCAGUGGACAGGGCAGGAACUCAAGCCGCUUCGCUUCUCUCUUAGACUAUGAGAUGGACAUCAGCGUCCACAGACUGAUCCUGUUUUUAUGAGAGCGGCAGGAAACCGACACACUUUCAGAGUGUCUCUGCGCUCACUUUGACCUCCAAGACUUGGUGAAAUCGGCAGCUAAAGGGACCCUGAAGUGCUGGUUCCCUUCUGCCUCUGCUCUCUUUUCAGCGACAAUACAGAAACUUUGUGCUGUAGUCGAGGAUCAGGCUACCUCAGCUCUUUCCUCUCUUUACACUCUUAUAAGAGGACGGUAUAUUCCUGCUGGAUAAGCGCCGCUGUGAAAGGAAAAAACAUUACUUAAAUAUCACAUUUUUCAGCGAUUUUGGAUGCACCGAUGAGAGAUCCAGUUUUUUCAGGCAGUGCCAUGGCUUAUCACCCUUUCCACGCUCACCGGCCCACCGACUUCCCCAUGUCAGCGUUCCUGGCGGCCGCUCAGCCCUCCUUCUUCCCGGCUCUAGCGCUGCCGCCCGCUGCUCUCACCAAGCCGCUCCCGGAGCACAGUCUGGCCGGAGCCGCCGAGGCAGCGCUCCAUCCGGCGCUCACUCACCACCACCAGGCCGCUCAUCUCCGCAGCCUCAAAAGUCUCGAGCCGGAGGAAGAGGUGGAAGAUGAUCCAAAAGUCACACUGGAAGCGAAGGAUCUAUGGGACCAGUUCCACAAAUUAGGAACAGAAAUGGUUAUUACUAAAUCUGGCAGGAGAAUGUUUCCUCCUUUUAAAGUCCGAAUAAACGGACUUGACAAAAAGGCUAAAUAUAUUUUGUUGAUGGAUAUUGUGGCCGCUGAUGACUGCCGCUAUAAGUUCCAUAACUCGCGCUGGAUGGUGGCGGGGAAGGCCGACCCGGAGAUGCCCAAGCGCAUGUACAUCCACCCGGAUAGUCCAGCUACAGGAGAGCAGUGGAUGGCAAAACCUGUCGCUUUCCAUAAGCUCAAACUGACGAACAACAUUUCAGACAAGCAUGGAUUUGCUUUUAUAGGCUCGGUGAUGCAGCUACAGCCUGAAACAUUUUAUCGUAGGCCUAAACCAACUAUACUGAAUUCAAUGCAUAAAUACCAGCCGAGGUUCCAUAUUGUGAGGGCCAACGAUAUUCUGAAGCUUCCCUACAGCACUUUCAGGACAUAUGUGUUUCCCGAGACGGAAUUCAUUGCUGUCACUGCCUAUCAAAACGACAAGAUUACGCAGCUGAAGAUUGAUAAUAAUCCCUUUGCAAAAGGUUUCAGAGAUACGGGAAAUGGAAGGAGGGAGAAAAGGAAGCAGUUAACUCUGCCCUCCUUACACAUGUAUGAGGUUGGUCAGUGUAAAGUGGAUCGGGAAGGCGCAGACUCGGACGCGUCCUCAGGCGAGCAGGCCGCCGCCAGGGACUCUGUUCAUUCCCCUCUCGGACCUGCAGCGAGUCCUCUCCCUUUCCCCAGAGCCAGCAGAGAGGAUAAAGCUUGCACUGAUAGUGAACAUGAAGCUGAGCACCAAGAGGAUCACUGUGGAAGAUCGAGCAGUCCUAAACCUCCAUCUCCAUUCAGCCCCAGAUGUGAGGAGCGGUCGAGAGAGAGAUCGAACUCUGAGAAGAAGGAGGACUAUUCGGAUUCAAGAAAGCAAAAUGAGUCCAUAUUCAGCAGCCUGGGCAACCUCGACAAAGAUAAACUGGAGAACAAGCACAGGAAAGAUAGUACAGAGUCGUCUAAGAAAGACAUGGACAUUGGAGGUCUUAGCGGAAGUAAAGACAGUUUCUCACCCCUUGUGGUCCAGACAGAGAGUCCAUCACAUUUCGGAGCAGGACAUCUGCAGAGUCUAGCUCUCUCUGGCCUGCACAGUCAACAGUUCUUUAACCCUCUGAAUACCGGACAGCCUCUGCUCUUUCACCCAGGACAGUUUGCGAUGGGCCCUGGAGCAUUUUCAGCUAUGGGUAUGGGACAUCUACUGGCUUCAGUAUCAGGAACAAGCGGCUUGGAGAAUGGCAGCCUUUCGGCACAGGGAGCCGGAAGUAGCCCUAAUCCAUUUCCCUUUCACCUGUCUCAGCACAUGCUAGCCUCUCAGGGUAUCCCCAUGCCUCCAUUUGGUGGUCUGUUCCCCUACCCGUACACGUACAUGGCUGCAGCAGCUGCUGCGGCCUCUGCGCUCCCCACCAGCACCUCCUCCUCUUCUCUCUCCCGGAACCCGUUCCUGAACAGCUCGCGGCCGCGGCUCCGCUUCAGCCCCUAUCAGCUUCCAGUGGCUAUUCCUCAAAGCACAAACCUGCUUACCACCGGAUUGCCAGGUGGCCUGAAUCCCUCAUCAGAUUCCUCAAAAUCAGGCAGCAGGGAGGCUAGUCCUGUGCCCGAUCAACACAACCAUAAAGCCACGUCCUCUCAGAGAAACGUCUCUCCCAAAGCCACACUGAAGGAGUCCAUCAAUGAACUGCAGAACAUCCAGAGGCUAGUGAGUGGCCUGGAAAGCCAAAGGGAGCUAUCCUCACCCAGGAACUCUCCCAAAUGAGCCAGGAUCAAAUACAAACCUAUCCAGGGCAUGACUUGAACUGGCAGAGGAUAUGUUCUUAUAAAGUGGCUAUCUGAAGGAUGUUCGUU